AUGUUUGCAAUACUACCAGACUUUACUCCGCGAGAUUCGCACUCACUAUGGUACACGUCCACACGCGCCCCCAUCCUCGGAGGCCUGCCCGACGGCCCUAGAAGCGGCGACGGCACGCAUAACAACCACCACCACCAUCAGGGCCCCCACGCGCAGCGCCAUCGCGGCCACAUUCUCGAGCGCACGGCGCUGGCGCGUCUCGCCGCCGACGAGGCGCACAUGCAGCGACGCCGCACCAGCGUGCAAAACUUUGGCAGCACGUGGCUGAAGCCGCCAGGGCUCCCCAAGACGCUGCACCAGAUGCGCGAGGAGAAGCGCGAGCAGGAGGAGCACCAGGAGGCGAUGCGGCGGGAGCAGGUCGCGCAGGAGCUCGCCGAGGCCGAGGCCGAAGCGGCGGCUGAGGGCGACGAGGACGACGCCAUGGACGACGUGCAGCUCGACGGCGCGCAGGACCUGGACGACGAGAUCCCGGACGCGGAUGAUGACUUCGCGCUCGGCGGGGGAAGCGACAGCGAAGAGGAGGAGGAGGGCGACGAGGAGGAGGAGGAAGAGGCGGACGUGAGCGCGGCCGAGGAAGCGCUGCGGGAGGAGCGCCGCAACGACCUCAUGGCGGCGCGCAUGCGCAUGUCCGACGACGCCUUCCGCGAGGCGCUCGUCCGCGGCGACCCCGACGGCGACGACAUGUACGGCGGCGGGGCGGAGGAGCUCGACGCGCAGGACCAGGGUCAGAUGCUCGACGAGGAGGAUUUCGCGCCGAGCUCCCUGCUCGACGACGGCGCCGCCGGCGACGUCGACCUGGGCAUGGACGCCAACCUCGACGACGACAUCCCCGAGGACGCGUACGAUGCGGGCUACGAGCACACCGACUCGGACGCCGCCCUGUCCAGCGACGACAACCACCACCCCCCGAGCUCGGACGACGGUCAUGUCGGGUUUGCGCCGCGCACGGCACCGCUCGGCCCGCCGCAGAGCCCCACGCUGCGCGCGCACCGACGGUCUGUGACGGCCGCCGGAGGGCCCCGGUCGAGCAUGGACUUGAGCGCCUUCUUGUCCCAGGACGAGAGCAGCUUCAUGGAUAGCAGCCCAGCGCAAGUACGACGGAACAUGCGCGGCUGA